AUGGCGGAUCAAAACCGAAACUCUUUAUCAGAGGAAAAGACUGUGAAAUCGCCUAAUGUGUUUGAAAGGGUUAAAGAAGAAAUAGAAGCAAUGGGUCAUCAUCAUGAAAAGUCCAAGACUCAUCGUCACCAUCAUCACAAAGAGACUCAUGGAACAAGUGACGAUAUUGAUCAGAACACAUCGGUUGAUUAUGUGAAAGGACCUGGUUUCUUUGAACGUGUCAAAGAAGAGUUUGAAGCCAUUGUUGAUGCUGUUACUCCAAAGCAUUCUUCUAGGAAGUAA